UGACCUCUAGAGAACUCCUUGAGUUUAUAAGAAUAGUCCAAAGGAUAUGGAGUAUUCAGAGUCAUUUUGUUAAAUCUCAUCUGCUUUAAUGUGUUAGUCUUUAGGCUGUGGUCAUAUGUAUUUUGUAUUUCAUAGGAAGGGGAAGGCUAUUCCAGAGGCGAACUGCUGUUAACUGAGUGCAGGUCCCAGGGCUGCUGCAGCUGCCUGUGCCAUCUUGCAUCUCAGCAGUAGGAAAAGGAAGGUCAUGGUAGAGAAAGUAAUGUUUAACUCGCAUAUUACAGAGUUUUAUAAGAAUGAAUAUUUUUAAAACUGUGAGGCAGUCAAGAGCUAGCUGUGGCUCUCUAUAUUUCCUAUUUGGGGUCAACAGGGUGACUGACAUUUGAUAGUUCAUGUAGUUUAUUACAAGCUUUAGAUGUGAAAGUUCUUAACGCCUUCGGGUUUGACAUCAGGAAGAGAAUAUAGAAUGACUUGUUUGGCCUCAUCCACAAGGUAAAACUACUAAAUAAAAAGGGCUUUGGAGAUAAAUGACUGUUUAAAAACAUUCUGGUAGAUGAGACUGAAUUUAUUAGUGUUUUGUUUUGUUUGUUUGUUUUUUAAAUACAAGAGAUUCAAAGCAUGUACAUGUUAAAUAUGACAGCAAUGAAUGCUGAUAGUCAUUUAUAACUGUUCUCCUUGCUGAUACAUUGAAGACCUGUCAGCUGUGGUCUCUCAGUAGACACUGAGCAGAAUGAGGCUCAUUCCUGCACCAUCUUUGCUGUUGAACUGACUGAAAUGUGAAAAUCCAGAUGUCUCUUUAGGGUAUAGUUUCAUGCUUUAUAGUGUACGUGCGUGUUAUAAGAAUUCAUGUUUGAAUUGAUUCCGUGCCAGUGAAAAAAUAAUGUAUAGCUGAGUCAUAAUGGAAAUCUGGAUACAAUGAAUAAGAAGAGAAGAACUUGAAGGGAAAGAAUGAGAAUAGGAAGUCUAAUCUUCGGCUUUUCUAUAUAUAGAAAACACCUCAAGGGUAAGCACAUACUGUUUUGUAUAAAUACAUAUAAAAUGUGUUUUGUAGGCACAUAUUUUCAAUGUGUUGUCAUGAUCAGAAACACAUGUAGGCUCUGAAAAAUUAUGUGAAGCAUGCAGAGCCCUUUUCCGUGCACAUAAGUAAAAGCUAUGUGCAGUGUAUAUGUGUGCAAAUAUUUAGCUGGAGGAACAGCUACAUAAGAACUGCUUCAGAAUGUACAAUCCCCAAGUCAGGAAGCCACAAAUUAUACGUCUGAAAUUAGCCACACUGGCUUGUCUACAUAAAUAAAACCAACUGGAAAGAUAGGAGGGAGGAAAAAUGCAUUUACAAAUACUAUUGGAUUAGAGAAGAGGAGAAAUGCUAAAUGCUUUUCUUGGCUCUAAUCAGAAGGCAGGAAGAUUAUUACAGACAGGAGCUUGCAGACUGCUGCUAAACAAUUUCCAGGCUCUAAAUUUGAGUCUUGAUUUUUAUUUACGUGUAUGCAUACAAUGAGGCCUUUACACAUAAUCAUUAUUUUGACAGAGGCCAAGAGGAGGCAUGGUUGGAUUUGUUUUUCCCCUUUCCAGGAACAUUGCCAUCAUCUUAAUCCCUCUUUGUUUUUACCAGGUCUUUGUGAUGGGAUGAUGUCAUAUUCUUUAUCUACCUUUUAUCUACCAUGAUGAGGCCUUCAUCCUGACCAAGGGUGUUGGCUGUUUGAUGAAUGUUGAAUUGGGAAGCGGCCAUAGGAAACCUGAAUUUCUAUUGCAGACAGCAACACUUAAGCUAGAGUAAAUACAACUGAUACUUGUAAAACCACAGAGACAACUGCUUGUUGUCAGAAGGCCUUAUACAGGCGUUGUUACAUCAGUCCUCUUCCAGUUCUCCCACUCUUGGCCUAUGCCUUGCCAGAGCAAGUUCCCAGAGCUUCUCUUCGCCAUGCAGCUGUCAUGCUUGCAGCUUGAACUCGGCUGCAGCUGGGGCUGCUUGGAGGCUUGGAAAAAGUAGCUGCCCAGAAGGACUGGUUGCUUAUCAGAUCCAGGUGUUCCUGGAACUGGAAGAGGAAGGACAGCAGAAUUGUCCUCAAGGGGAUCACUCAACCACUUGCUAAUGCAACCUCCUACUGUGAAUGGGCCAACUUAGCAAGUACUACUUCUGAGCCUGGAGAAAGUGUGCUGCCUGAUGCAUCACUUGUCCCUGAUGAAAUCAUGCUGAGUGUGGUUACACAAUCACUGAACAGGGAGAUGGAUGUUGAGCCCCUCUCCUCCCGAAGGUGGUGAGCAGGGGUUCCUGCAACGGCCUGCUCAGAGCUGUCAUCACCUGUAACCUGCCGCACCUGGGCUUCCCGGCUGGACUGACAGGACCUGGCCGUGAUCCAAGCAGGGCGAUGUCUCCAGCCCCUUUCUGUCUCCAAGACGGGAGCAGUGAACUUUGUUCCAGUUUUUCCUGGCCCUCUCCCAAACAGAGUCAGCAGCAGUCUUUUUGAAUUGUUUGCAGAAGAGCUUGGACAUCUUUGAAUUAGUGUUCCUUAGCACAGAUUGACUUCUAAAUAAGUAAAAUCAGCUUUCCCACUAAGCUUUGAAACCAUUCAUGGAAGCUGAUGGCAAUGCUCUCGUUCCCUUGCGUCAGAAGACAAAAAAGAAAAGUCAAGGGUUCUUUACAAUGAGCAGACGGAGGAUAUCAUGUAAAGAGCUGGGGCAAGCUGAUUGUCAAGGGUGGCUCUACAAGAAGAAGGAAAAAGGAGCUUUCAUUGGCAACAAAUGGAAAAAGUUCUGGUGUGUGCUGAAGGAGUCAUCGCUGUAUUGGUACAGCAGUCAGCUGGCUGAAAAAGCAGAAGGAUUUAUCCGACUUCCAGACUUCAGUGUGGACCGAGCAAUUGAAUGCAAAAAAAAGCAUGCUAUUAAGAUCAGCCACCCACAGAUCAAGACAUUUUAUUUCGCGGCAGAAAAUGUGCUGGAAAUGAAUACGUGGCUAAGUAAGCUAGGGAUGGCUGUGGACCCUCAGGCACCCAAUGGGAAGAAUGAGGAAGAAUGCUACAGUGAAAGUGAACAUGAUGAUCCAGAAAUAACAGACACACCACCACCCCCCUACGCAGUCCAGCCACCACCUCUUUCGCAGGAUCAGCAGAAGUCUUCUUUCACCUCGACUGUGUCAAGUGAAGCAUCUUGUUCUAUCUCCUCUCCUGAAAGCACUUUCAACUCCCAAGAGUCAUCGUCUUCCCUGGUGUCCAAAGUGGUUUUUUCCGAGAAGCAGUCAUGGCUUGACCUGGUUAGCUGCUCUGCCACAGAAGAGGGUGAUCAGCCUUUAACCUUUUGCGUACAGAUUCACUCUGAUGAGCCGCCAGAAGUAGACUGUGGGGAAGCGGCAGAAAGCCAGGAGGUCCAGCUUUCCAAGCCCAGUGGUGGACCCCAAAACUCUUUUUUAGAUCUUGAUACAUGUUGUCUGGCUGUGCCGGAUGCAACAGGACAGAGAUCACUAGCCAAAGAUCAGGAAAAAUGUGAUGAUGAUGAGAUGGAGCGACUUUACAAGUCAUUAGAACAAGCAAGCCUGUCUCCCAUUGGUGAUCGUCGGCUUUCAACAAAGAAGGAACUUAGGAAGUCAUUUAUCAAACGCAGCAAAAACCCCUCCAUUAAUGAGAAGCUCCACAAAAUUCGAAUGCUAAACAGCACAUUAAAGUGUAAAGAACAUGACCUGGCCACAAUUAACCAGUUGCUAGAGGACCCAAAAUUGACAGCAAUGAAGUACAGAGAAUGGAGGAACACAAACAUCAUGCUGGUUCAAGACAUUUAUCAGCAGCAGGAGGUCCAGGACAUGUCCACAGAGAACAGUGAGGAGCAAGAGGUGACUCCACAGCCUAUUGCUGAAAGUGCUGUCUGAGGCCAUGGUUCAAUGGGUCAUGGCAAGAUUUUUCCCUACGAGUCUUCAUGUACAAGCACCUUAAACUGCUACAUUUUGAUGUUUGUUUUCCAAGUGUUCUUUGAAAGGAAAACAAGCUCUUCUCCAAAGCUUUAAUUCUUCUUGCAAAACUUACUUCAUGUCAAAAGGGUGAAUCCCCCAAAUUCAAAAAGGAUGCCUGAACCUGGGCUGCAUAUCCAAGAAGACUUUUUUAUGAAGCAGCUAAGAAAUGUUUUUCCAUCUUUGGAGACGUAAAUCAAAUAUGUCUAACUCCUGGAAGUUUUACAGAACUGCGUAAUAUGUACUGUAUAAAAGUGAGAUCCUUGUAGUUGCUUUAGCCAUGUAACUUACAGUUAAAGGAAGCUAAAACAAUGCCAACAGGAUAUUGUCUACUCUCUACCUUUUUACCCUGUAAGAUAACCUGAUGUAUGAAUUUUCAUCUCUACAUUCAUUCACAUUCACUUUAAACUGAGUCAAAUAGAAUAGCAAUUAUGCAUGAGUUUAUACUACAGACAGCUGUCAGGCACCCAGUUUGUGCUUUGCCUGAUGUUUUAUGGGUUUCGAACUUAUUUAUGGACGAGAUCAAGGUACUGUUCUUUCUACAUGAAGAAGAGAAGAUCUCUCAACGUUCGCUAACAUGUAAUUUACUCUUCAGUGAGGCAGCUAAUGCUUCAACAAGUUUCAACUUUUCUUAUGGACUUGGUAGAAUUCCUUGUAAGAUUAUUUUCCUCUCUUAUUUUUGACGAUGUUGAGUAUAUAAGGUACAAAUUCACCCCAGUUUCCUACUUAGGAAGAUGAUCAAGUUCACAAGGCAAAAGCUAAAUAAUUAAAUUCCUGAUGUGGACCUGAAGGUGUAAAACAUAGCUGCAAAUAUUUUUGUAAAUAUACAUAAUUUUAUGGCUUAUAUGAAUGUGACUAUGUACUGUAUAUAUGUUUUAUUUAUAUAUUUAUAUAUGCUGAAUUUUCUAAUGUAGAUAGGCAUGCAUGGACCAGACCCACCCAGAUGUGAGUGCUUGCAGGUGGACUUGAAAUGCUUCUUUGUUUUUUAUUCCAUUAUGAAUCACAGUAAUGGCUCUACAACUGAGACUAUCCUCAGACAUCUGCUGUAACUUUUUCUUCUGUCUUUCUAGCUUUGAGAUUUAGAUGAAGAAAAUCCAUACAAUUUAGGGCAGGAAAAUAAGUUUUCUAGAAUGUUUCAAGAUUUCUCUUUGGACAAACAAAAAUAAGUAUGUUAAGAGGUUUUGCUUCAGGACCAUAACUCUUUGAUUUCAUUGUCCUCAGCACAAGGUUGGUUUUUUUUUUUUUUUGCCUUCCCAUCUUCUGCGUGUGUACAAGUAUGGGUAAGUUUGCAGAGUGCUGAAUUUUGAAAGGCGAGAGUUAGCCCACCAUUCUCAAAUUAAUGCCACUAUAGGAACUGUGACAACUGGCACUUCUGUUGGCUGUUUCAUGAAGAUAUUCUUUGUCAUUAGUUUUCAACACAGUUUAUCUUUUAAAGCAAAAUACACUAUACAGAUGCAGCCGUAUUUACCUGUCUUUAUACAUUACGUGUUUUUUCAUAGCUUGACUGAGGAAAAAAAAAGUUUAUAGUGUUAGUGGGAACGUGUGAAACCUUUUCUACCUAUGUAGUGACAAAUUUGACUGUAGAUACUGCAUUUUUAACCCUCAGCAGCUUUUCUUGUAAAAUAGAGACUUGGAAUUGUGUUCCAAUGCAUCCUAAGAUUACAGGUAAGCCUAUGUUGAGUGUGAAAACUGAGGAGCAGGCAAUAAACUAGAAGAAAGGGGAAAAAUGUAGAUUCCUUUGCUACAGGCUUUAAUGGCAGAGAGUCAGGGGAAAUGAGGGCUGGUUGAAUGCAGAAGCAGAGCUAUGCUUGGGGAUAGCAUCACUUCCUCAGGUAUAAAAAGGUUUAGGAGUGUGAGGGUAAGGACUAGUGUUGGGUCAGAACUUAAUAAUUUGGGCGAGUCUGCUGCUGGGGAACAAAUGUUAGCUGAGACCUGGAAGUUGGUGACAAUGAAAAUUGGGAGUGUAGGGAUUAAUCUACUUGAUCCAUCUCAGACAAAACUACCUGGGGCUAAAUCACUGAUAAAUAACGAAGGUUCAGAUUGCGUGUACGUUUUCUUUUGCGAGUGUGAGUUUCUCAUGAAACAAAGUGUGUAAACACCAUUUUUCUUCAAAAGCAUCUUCACUUAAGCAUGUGCUUGUUUUUAAGACCUAAGUGACCUGUUGAACUGGGACAAACAAGUCAGUGCCUUGCAGUUGUGAGCAAAGUCUUAGUCACCUCUGUUUGCUGAAGUAGAUUUGCACUAUACAAAGGAAAGCAUUACAUGGCCUUCACGUGCUGUGUUGGCUCUUUUCACAUGAUGCUUGUAUAAGCGUAGACAAAACAGGUUUCCCAAAUAUAGAGACUGACCUUGAACUGCCCAAACUCCACUAUUGGUUUUGACACAUUAUGUAGCCCAAAAUAGCUUUAAAUUACUCUUUCCAAUGGUCAGUAGAUACUUCUUAAUGAACUACUGAGGUUUUGGAAACCUCCUGAGGAUGGGCUGUAUCAUCCUCUUAGAAAAGAACACAAAAUUCUUGAAUGGGGUUACUUUAAUGCAGUUAUUAUUUUAGCAAAAUUCUGUGUGUUCAAGAAAAAAAAAUGUAUGGCUUUUAUGCACGUGCAGUGCUGGGAGCCUAUCUCCUUUCUCUUUAGCUAAUAUUUAGAACUGAAGCAAAUGGAAAAUGUGUGAAAUGAAAACUGUAGAAAACAAGAUGAAUUUUCCAGCAUUGCUGAUUUAUGUGAACAUUUUGAGCUGGUGCUGGAUGCAUCAGAAGGGGCUGCGCAGCAAUGUGAAAGCCUUGGUCGGAGCAAGAAGUUUGCACAAGCUGUCAGCUACAGCUUGUGGAUGCAGCAGGGACCAACCUCGGCAAGAGAAACUUGGACAAUUCUGUGCUUUGCUCAGUGAUACUUCGGGUAUCUAGGGGAAUCUGAAUUUGGAAGGCCUGCACCAUUGUUUCAUAGUGCAGGGAAACUGUGCAUCCCUAGUGAAUGUCCAGAAGUCUUUAACCAUCUGCGUCAUGGGACUUGUUUUAUGUACUUUUUCAGGACAAAGUGUGUGUGCAUGCACAUGAGCACAUGCAGAACUAUUCCUUUGUCAGUAAAGCCUUUUGGUAUUCAUGCUAAGUCCAGCUAUGCAUAUUGUGGAGUAACUUAAUGACAAUACCUAAUUUCAGCUGUUUCUGUAGCCUGUCUCUGGUGGCUUUUCUGGCAAUUGAAUCUCUCUGUUUUGGCAGAGUAGAUCUCACAAGCUACUAGAAUGAGGUGGGAUCACAUUUUCUUUCCUAAGAUGGGAGACGUUUCAUGUGGGGACUGUGAAUUCUGUGAAUUGUUUCUGGAUCUACUUCUGAUUAUUUGCUCAGUACUGGGUUUUACCUGAAACAGGAAUAAACAAGGAUAAAUAAUCUGUUGUAAAUUUCAGAAUGUAAAAUUUUUUCCAACUAGGAAAAAAUAUGGGCAUGCUACAUCUAUUUUGUGAGCCUGUAAGCUUAAAUGUCUAUAACAGAUUUAAUAUAAAAACUUUUUUUUUUUAAAAAAAAAAAAACUAUGAGUAGUAAGGGACUUCAUGUAAGCAUACUUCUUUGUUAAGGAACUCCAUGUGCUGUGGUUGAAGUUCGGGGUUUGGGCUUUUUUGGUUUUGUUUUGUUUGAUGGUACAAAGUGACCAAUCACAAUGAGGGCCUGGCUUUACUUCAUUUAUAUGAGACAUCUCUUUUUGUUAACAGGAAGCCAAAGUGGUUUUCUUGUAGCAGGAGAGCCAAAGUGGUAUUUCCUGUUUUGUGUGGGGCAUUUCGAAGCAGCAGACAUUUUACAUUGUCAGUCAGCAUUUCCUUGAUGGCUCAAAGAUUUAUCCUAUUUUGGUCUGCUGCAAGAUGUCACAUUCUUGCAUUUUUAAGAACUGGCUUCGUCAUUAACUAAAACAAAAAUUGAGGAGAAAAAAGGAAAAGGAAAAACAGAACAAAAAAGGCUCUCGGCUAAGAUCAGGCUGAAAUUCUUGUCUUUCUGCAGAAGUGUAACGGGAGCCAAGCUUGCCUAAAACUAGGCAUUUCAACAUUGAAAAAAAGAUUUUCAGGUGUUGAGUUGAGUGCUACAUUCCUUGGAAUUUGCUAUAGGAGAAGUUCCAAGACCUGUCUGCUCUGGAAAAAUGAAUCUUUUUUCCAAUUUAUUUUUUCUUGAUAAAAAUCUGAAGGGGAAUAGUUUAUCAUCUGACAGAAAGUUAAAAAUUAAAUAAGUAUGUAAUUCAUUGAUAGUUCAUCAACCUUGAUGUAUUAGCUUGAAAUUAUUGACUUCAGAUGCCUCAGCCUUUAAUGCAGAAAAUUCAUUUCUUUUGGAAAUGAUUGUAGCUACCAGUGUCUGAGGCUUAUGUACCCCAUGUGGCCUGCAAGAUGUCCAUUUUGAGGAUGUAGGGGUAUGGCAUUUUUAUAGGGCAAAUAGCUUAUGUCAUCGUACCACAGAUUAGGAACUAUGUAAACUCUAAUACUCCCUUAAUCCUAGGUGCUUUAGGACCUACCCAGAUUAUUCUGACUCUUGAAGUUGCUUAUGGCAGUUUAACCUUCUCCCACCUAAAAAUAAAGGCCAUGUGAAAACAUCUCCCAUUCUCAUGUGAAGAGAAACUCACACUAGUCUAGCAAAGAUUCAGGUAAGUCACUUUAUUUAUGAACGUUUAGCAAAACAAAUCACCUGGUGAAAUGUCCUAUGUGCAUACUAAUAGCAGUGCUCUUGUGCAAAGAUUUAGUUCUGAGGACAGAUCAAAGAAGAAAUGGGCGAUGUCUAUUCCAUUACCCUCUGCGUAGCCAGGGGAAGCCAUACACAGAGGAGUAUUUGCAAGGUUAUCUGUUAGGCAGGGACAGGGCCUGCCGCACCAUGAAGAUAUAUAGGAUCCCAAUUUGGUAUUUUAUCUAUUUUUUUUUCACUGGUUUCAAACUCAAAGCACAAUGUUUGCACUCAGCGCUGCCUUUUUACUGCUUGUUGCCCACACAUGUGACUUGAUUUUAAUGGAAUGACACACACAUCUUGCAGAAUGAGAGCCUUAUGUUUGCACUUGUCAAUUAAACACCGAAAUGAGAGAA